AUGAAAUUUAAAAAAUUUACGACAUUACACGCCAUGGCUGAUGAGAAAGAUCAAUUGAUCGAAAUUAGACCAGGAUUUUGGAAUGUUCGUCAUUCAUUCAAAGUUUUAACUGGAAUUGUUGAUAUCGAAACGCGCAUGUCUGUUAUUCAAUUGAAAAAUGGAAAUGUUUUAGUUGUGAAUACGAUUCCACUCAAAGACAGUGUCAAACAACAAUUGGAUAAUUUGACAGCAAAUGGAAGCAAAAUCGAAGGUGUCCUGGGGACACAUUCAUUUCAUACACUGGCAUUUUCCGACUUUUAA